AUGAAUGUUGACGGUGAGGGUUCGCGUUACCCAAUCACUGAUCGAAAGACCGGAGAAGACAAAGCAGCGAAUGGAAUCACAAUGGAUGUGAGAAAUGGGAGUGCAGGAGCUGGACUGCAACUUCCACAGUCGCAGCAAACAGCAGCGACUGUUUGUUGGGAAAGGUUUCUUCAUGUGAGAACCAUAAGAGUUCUGCUAGUGGAAAACGAUGACUGCACUCGUUAUAUCGUUACUGCGCUUCUUCGUAACUGUAGCUAUGAAGUUGUUGAGGUAGCAAAUGGUGUACAAGCAUGGAAGGUGUUAGAAGAUCUUAACAAUCACAUUGAUAUUGUGUUAACGGAGGUAGUCAUGCCUUACUUAUCUGGUGUCGGCCUCUUAUGCAAGAUUCUGAAUCACAAGUCUCGUCGGAACAUCCCUGUCAUCAUGAUGUCAUCUCAUGAUUCAAUGGGGCUGGUCUUUAAGUGUUUAUCAAAAGGGGCAGUUGACUUUCUUGUUAAGCCGAUUAGAAAAAACGAGCUUAAGAUCCUUUGGCAACAUGUUUGGAGAAGAUGUCAGAGUUCUAGCGGCAGUGGGAGUGAAAGUGGAACACAUCAAACUCAAAAGUCUGUGAAAUCAAAGAGUGUUAGAAAAUCUGACAACGAUUCAGGAAGCAGUGGUGAGAAUGAAAAUGGGAGCAUUGGACUGAAUGCUAGUGAUGGAAGUAGUGAUGGGAGUGGCGCUCAGAGCUCCUGGACGAAAAAAGCUGUGGAGGUUGAAGACAGUCCACGAACAGUGUCUCCAUGGGAUCGCGUUGAUAGCACUUGCGCACAGGUGGUACAUUCCAACCCUGAGGUCCCCAAUAAUCACUUGGUUGGAGCGCCUACCGAGAAGGAGACUCAAGAACAGGAUGAGAAAUCUGAAGAUGACACAAUGGGUAAAGACCUGGAGAUUAGUAUUCGUAGAAGUUGUGAUCUGGCGCUGGAGCCAAAAGAUGAACCCCUAACUAAAACUACUGGCGUUAUGAGACAGGACAAUUCAUUCGAAAAGAGCUCUAGUAAAUGGAAAGUGAAAGUUGGAAAAGGACCAAUGGACCUCACCAGCGAAAGCCCUUCAAGUAAACAAAUGCGUGAAGAUGGAGGCUCGGGUUUCAAAGCUAUGUCCAUCCACCUUCAAGAUAACAGAGAAGCCGAGGCCCCUAACACGCACUGCAAAACUUUAGAUACCAGUGAAGCUGCCGUUAAAAAAUCCGAAGAUCUAAUGCAUGUGGAUCAUAGUUCAAAGAGGCAUAGAGGAGUUAAAGAUGAUGGGACAAUAGUUAGAGAUGACCGCAAUGUGCUGAGGCGUUCAGAGGGUUCUGCUUUCUCAAGGUAUAAUCCAGCUUCAAAUGCCAAUAAGCUUUCUGGUGGGAACUUGGGAACCAAUUCUCUUCAUGACAAGAAAAGCCAAGAUCUGAUGAAAAAGACUGAAGCGGCAUGUGACUGUAACUCAAACAUGAACGAGAGUCUCCCCAAUACUCAUCACUCACGCGUAGGUAGCAAUAACUUUGAAAUGAGUUCCACAACUGAGACCAACGCUUUCACAAAGCCAGGAGCCCCAAAAGUAAGCUCAGCGGGAUCUUCAUCUGUCAAGCAUUCAUCGUUCCAGCCUCUACCCUGUGAUCAUCAUCACUCCUCCUAUAAUCGUGUUCAAGUUGCUGAGCGGAAGCUACCGCCACAAUGCGGAUCCUCAAAUGUGUACAACGAGGCGAUUGAAGGUAACAACAACAACAACAACACAGUGAAUUACAGUGUGAAUGGAAGUGGAUCAGGUAGUGGUCAUGGAAGCAAUGGCCCAUAUGGAAGCAGCAAUGGUAUGAAUGCUGGAGGGAUGAACAUGGGAAGUGAUAAUGGUGCCGGGAAAAGCGGAAGCGGCGAUGGUAAUGGUAGCGGAAGUGGGAGUGGAAGCGGGAACUUGGCGGAUGAAAAUAAGAUCUCUCAAAGAGAAGCUGCUUUGACAAAGUUCCGUCAGAAGAGAAAAGAGAGGUGCUUCAGAAAGAAGGUACGGUACCAAAGCCGGAAGAAGCUAGCGGAACAACGUCCACGUGUCCGUGGCCAAUUCGUCCGUAAAACAGCCACAGCAACGGACGAUAACGACAUAAAAAACGGCGAGGAUAGCUAA